UGGGAUUUGUAGUUCGUGCUUCAGAAGCAGGAAUUCUGGGAGGUGUAGUUUGUCUCUCCACUCCUCUUUCCUUUUCAAUGGCUGCGCUCUUACGAAGAUGCUGAAAUGCGUCAUUACCUGAGUGUUUGGAAACUUUCCAUUAAUUAUUACCAGCAGUGUCGUUUCUACCACCUUGUUCCUCAUCUAUUCAGAAGGACCAGACUUAACCCAAAGCAGUAUAUUUUAAUGCCAAACUGGAAACACAAUUAUUAUUCUCCGUUACAUAGAAAUUGGUCAAGGAGUUAUUGCCAUCAAGACACCAGAAUAUUAUGGAAACAUAAAGGACUCCAGAAAUAUGUGGAGGACCUGACUGGAGAAUAUCAGAGGCUAGACAGAUUAUUGCAUCAUGUCUCUGUGAGUGAUGGUGAUCGAAGUACCAUGAGCAGAAGACAUGCUGAGUUGGCACAAUUUACUGCCAUCUAUAAAGAAAUUCAAGAGUCUGAAAAAGCAAUUGAAGAUUUAGAAUCAAUGUGUAAAAGUUUGAAUGAACAGGAUGAGAAACAGUUGCUUGAACUUGCUUUUGAAGAAAGAGAAGCAAUUGAUCAAAAGAUUAACAGACUCUGCGGAGAGCUUUUCCAGGCUCUAGUACCGAAGGAGAAGGAUGACAAGAGUGAUGUUAUUUUAGAAGUAACAUCUGGGAGAACAACUGGAGGUGAUAUCUGCCAACAGUUUACCAAAGAAAUAUUUGAAAUGUACCAGAGUUAUUCAUGUUACAAAGGUUGGAACUUUGAGAUUUUAAACUACACAACUGCUGACUACGGUGGGCUGCACCACGCAGCGGCUAGGAUUUCCGGUGACAGCGUCUAUGAGCAUCUGAAGUAUGAAGGCGGGAUCCACCGGGUCCAGCGAAUCCCGGAGGUUGGCCUCUCCUCAAGGAUGCAGCGUAUUCACACAGGAACGAUGUUGGUCAUUGUCCUUCCUCAGCCAGAGGAGGUAGACGUUCGAGUGGAUCCCAAGGAUUUACGGAUAGACACGUUUAGGGCCAAAGGAGCAGGAGGUCAGCAUGUUAAUACCACGGACAGCGCCGUCAGAAUUGUUCAUAUCCCCACAGGACUAGUAGUUGAAUGCCAGCAACAACGAUCACAGAUCCAGAAUAAAGAUACAGCUUUUCGUCUGUUAAGAGCUAAACUCUACCAGCAAAUGAUUGAGAAAGAACAAAGUAAAAAGCAGAGUGUUCGAAAACUACAGGUGGGAACAAGAGCCCAGUCGGAAAGAAUUCGGACAUACAAUUUCACCCAGGACAGAGUCACUGACCAUAGAAUCUCUUAUGAAACCCGAAAUAUUAAGGAAUUUUUAUGUGGUGGGAGACCUCUGGAUACACUGAUCCAAAGACUACUAGUGUCAGCAAAUGAAGAAGCCCUUGUUGAAUUUUUGGAUAAUCACUUUAAAUCUUCUGAAUCAAAGAACUGAAAUGGACCCUAUUAGAAAUACAAAUAAAAGACUAAAACUUUGUUCUAUCA